AUGGACAAGGAGAACGGUUUACAUAAUGCUUCACAUAUUUUUAAAAUAUGGGACUCAAGCCGAAAAAAUAAAAUUUUAGUAAUUGCAAGAAGCUCCAACAUAUAUCAACAAGUAAUAUUAAAAGCUUCACAAAAGUUAAACGUAAAUGGGGUUUCUCUGGUUAUCGAAAAAGACGGUACCCGGGUGGAUGAAGAUGAAGAAUUAAUCAUGGUAAAGGAUGAUCCUUUGAUUCUUUUAGAAAAAGAUCAAUUUUGGGUAGCCGAAAAUUCCUUACAUCCUAAUCCAACCAGCAUAGAAGAGACACAAAGCCUUGCACAAAUCAUCACUGAGGCAGAAAUUGAUCUCAAUCUGAAUGAAAUCCAAAACAUGCCAUUAGUAAUUUUUGAUCAAAAUUCCGAAAUGUUUUGGAAAGAAUUUAAUUUAUGGAAACAUGUGUCGUUAAAAAAUAUAGAAAAUUUGGAAAAUGGUGUUCGGACUUCAAAUUUAACAAAAGAAGUUAUUCGCAAUGUAGUGGAUGGUAUGAGGGAAAUUAAAACGAUAAUACCCUGCAAAGCGUUUAAAAUUGUAGCGUCGAGAAUGGUCGACAAAUACAAACAAUCGUUUCAAGCUCAUGACGAAGAAAACGUUAUUUUGGGGAAUGGUUAUGAUCAUAUCUAUUGCAAACUUUUAGACAGAAAUAAUUAUUUAAAUCGACCAAAUAAAAGGAAUACGGAACAUGUAGAAGUUCCGAGCAAAAAAAGAAAAACACUGGCAAAUGCAAGGGUUGGCUGUCUCAAUUGGCAACCAUCCUUAAUUCCCACUGAUGCAUUAGAAAAAAAAGAAAAACUUAGGGAAAUAACACCCGAUAGCAACCAGUUCAUCCCAUUGAUGGAGGAUACCUUUGCUCUGCAAAGGACAAAUAUUAAUAGCAGCACACAGGAAAUAAAGGAGAUUUUUGAGGAAUGGCCAGGGCUUUUAACAAAAGAGGGAAUAUUUACUCAUUUUAAAAUAUUAACAAACGUAAACCCUUAUGAAAUUGAAUGUACUGAAAAAUCCAUAAAAAUAAAAAAAUUUGGAGAAAAGAACAAAAUUCCUGUUUCAGAACCGGCUAAUCUAAAAAAUGCUUUAAAAGUUGUAUCACAACAUUUUAAAGAAGAUUUUUUACAAAUAUUCUAUAAGGUUAAGAAUGGAGAUGUUGAAAAUCCGGUGAACAUUUUAUCUCCAGCAAUUGUUGAAAUAGAACAUGAUGAAAGUAAUGUAGAGUACAUUGUGCAGCUAGAAAAUUUACGUUCAAAUCCUGUAAAUGACUUUGAAAGUGCUUUUUUAAUGACUUUUGCAUUAUAUUUUAUUUUCGGACUGGAAUAUCCAAAGAAAAAUGCUUGUACCUUUGAAUUUAUUCAAAGGUACUUUUUUAAAAUACACCAGGAGAGCGGAACAAAAUCUAGUAUUAAAAACGUAAAAAAUAAAGUUUUUAAUUUAAUUUUGAAACUAUCAAAUUUUUAA